UUUACUGUGAGAUUCUUUGAAAGAAUAAAUUCCCCAGUAUAUUGAAAACUAGUCAUUUCUUGAAAAACCAGCUUAAGAAAUGUAGACUUAAAUUAUCUACUAAGCUCAGAGUACUGUGUUGUGGGAAAUAGAAGAGCAAGACAAGGCCCUUAACCCUCAGGGAAUCUUGGCCACCUGGCAAGAUGAGAUGGAAUAGAUAAAUACCCAUAUGGGACAGCGCUAUGUGAGAAGCACCUGAGUGACAAAGCCAUUAACAUGUAUAAAGAGGUCUUCAGAAUAGAGAGAAGCAAUGCAAUGGUUGUAAGAAAGACUUGCCUGAUGACUAAGCUGUCACUAUUCUGCACUAUCUGACCUAAUGGGACCAGGCCAGCCAGCUUCCAUCUGUGUUCAUCCAGUAUCCAGUACCCAGCUAGAUGGGAUGAGUGACUCCAGAUAUCUUCAGACCCAGAAUCAGCUGCAGUUUAAUAGGAAUACUCCUGCACAUCCGAGCAACUUGGCAAUCCGAUAUUCUUGCCCACAUGCAAUUAGAAUCGAAAAACUGAAGCACUCGUAUAAUGAAUCCUAUCAUUGUAAAGACUCAGAUUUCAGAGUUGGUCCUGACCUCAGCAGCUCUAUUUCAUUUUCUGUCAUAUCAGAAGAGAGACUUAGCUAUGCAGUCCACUUAGCAAAAAGAGAUGUGAAACGAAGACAGGAACACAUAAAAGAACAUCUCAGAAGUCAACCCCACAGCACCCAGAAAUGUGGACAUGCAGAGUAUAAGAUUUCUCACCACCAGGUAGAAAGGAAGGACUCAAAGAGUCAAGAAGUCUGUCAGUGCAGCCACCAGCCAUCCAAAGUAGGAAUUUCCAGCUCAGGUGCCAAGGUAUAUGUGUACACAUCUCACCCAGGAUGGUCAGACCUGACUGUGCCAAAUUUGCCACCCACACGUGAUCCAGGACUUCAGCCACAUUCCAGGAUAGGCGACCACAAAAACCUAUGUGAACAGAAAAGCCUGCUAGAAGUUCAGCGACUUCAGAAAGAACUGAGCAGUUGUAUCCAUAAAAUUGAAGAAGUAACUAAAAAAGAUAGACCAGAGGAAGCUUUGGAUCCCGAUGAAGAGCGGCGAGUCCGUGUGAGGAGACAGGAACAGGCUGUGCGCUGUGCCCGGAUGCUCUACGUCCUCCAGCAACAGAUAAGAGAAAUCCAGGAAGAGGUGGAUAAGUUGAGUCCACAUAAAAUCAAACACACUAAGAAGUCAUGGGCAAUGUCUAGGCUGGCCGCCGCCCAUCGAGGAGCCAUCCGGGCCUUACAGGUGUUUGUCACUCAGUUCACUGACCGAGGGGAGCGCCCCCUCCCUGCUCGGUGCAGGGAACUGGGCAGCCUUAUUCGCCAGCUUUCACUCUGCUCUGCCAAGCUGGAUACUGAUCCUUCCAUCCCAGAUGUGGUUAUAGAUAUCCUACAACAAAUUGAGGCUUUGGAAUGUCUCCUGGAAAAGAAGCUGUCACCAAAAAAGAUGAAGCAGUGUUUCGGUGAGAGUCGGAGCAGGCUUCCUGUUGAUAGCCAGAGGACCAUAGAGAAAUGGCCCAACACAUUACCAAAGAGUGAGAGGAGGCCCUUCACAGCCAAGGAGACGUUUCCCCAGGAGAUGAGUCGACCUUCAGUGGCAAAGAGGCUUCUUGCUGAUAAGUGUCAGCCUGAUGCGGUGACCCGGAGAUUGGAGAGUGAGCUUGACGUACUAGGUGGUGACAUUCUGGAAGAAGUGCCAUUUGUUCUGGACCACGACACAAGCUUCAAAGCACAAGCGUUAGCCCCAGCAAAAACAAGAGCAGUGAAAAAGAAACCCAUGACUGAGAGUAUGCCAUUGAGGAAGAAAGAUACUCUGGGGCCGGCAAGACUAGAGCGAGGACUCCACAAGGCUGAAAGAAGUAGACCAAGCCAACCUCACAGCAAAAACAGGUUGCAAAAGACAACAGUCUCAUCAAGAUUAAAAAUUAACCAACAGCCUAUGAAAGAUCAUAGGGCUCCUUGGAUACCUCCAAAUCCCACAUCACCACCAGCAUCUCCUAAGUGUGCUGCAUGGCUAAAGGUGAAAUCUAGCCCCAGAGAUGCCACAAAAGAGCAGUCUCUCCAGAAAGAAGAUACGCAAGAGUCAAGUCAGUUGAGAGGUGCUGUCGACCAUGAAGCAGCCAGGUUCGAUUGGCUUGAUGCUGAAUCUUCCAAAAGAUUGAAGGAGCUAGAAGAAUUAAAAGCCAAAGAAGUGGAAAGAAUGCAAAAACAGAGGCUUGACUGGCUUGAUGCUGAAACUUCUAGAAGAGCAAAGGAACUGAAUGAACUGAAAACUGAAGAAAUGGAUAGACUCCAACAAUUAAGUGUUUCUGCCAGCCAGUUAGCAGACAAGGUAGAGGAGGCAGUUCUGGAGCGUCUGAAGCCCCUCUUGGUCAGGGCCCAGAGAGUUAAUUCUUCUGCGGAAGGAACUACUCUUUUGAAGGAUCAUCUAUCAUGGAGCACAGUGGCAGCCCAGCCUGCAGAGCAGGCUACAGAUGCUAAUUCCAAAUCCAACAAUAUUCGUCAGCUGGAUGACUUUUUGGAAGAUACUGCUCAUGAGCUCUGGGAUAUGACUCAUGCUAAGAUUUUGGGGUCAGAAACCUUAGCUACCUUGGGGGACAGCAAGGAUAGUCCAAACCUGGAGACCAUGAUGCGCCAAAUGGAGGAAAUGGAAAAAUACCAGGAGACAGUUCGCCAAAGAUAUAAUAAAAUUGUAUAUGCUGAUCCUCAUUUAUGGAUGCAGGAAGAAGGAAAUGAUCAGAAAGCCCCAGCAGUAGGUGAAAGCCCUCUGUCUCCUCUUCCGAUCAGGAUCACAAAGACAGUGGCUCACAGGGACCCAGCUGUGCACAUCAUGUUAGAAAGGCCCUGCAAUGGCAAUGACAAUUCCCUAGAUGAAAGUGUGGGAACAGAGGAGAGAUCAGAGAACAGAGAGGCCCCCUUUCCCUCCCUUGCAGAAGAUUUGCGACAGAGAAAAGGCCACACUCCCCUCUUCGUCCCACCUGGAAUGCAGCACAGCAUUGACGACUACUGUAACCGCUUCGAGCAGUUCCUCCGGACUAUAUCUCAUGAGGCCAUAGGCUUCUUCAACCCGUGGCUGAUAGCUGAAAGCUUUUCAGAAGAGCUGGUAGAUGAAGCCCUUGGGGUCGUGGCUGCGGAACUGCAGGAUGUGUGUGAAGACUAUGCAGAAGCUGUGUUCACCUCAGAGUUCUUAGAGGCUGCGGCAUAAAGGCUACGCUGGAGAAGGGAAGGCACUACCCUGUGUCCUAGAACCAGGAGACUUUUGUCCUCACUGCCUGCCCAGGCCCAGAGGGUGCUGUCCUCUGAAAGGAAGGAUAUACCCAUGAUUUCUCUCUGACACAGCAGUGGUUCCGAAGUUUAUGUUAUGUUUAUCAAUGCACAGGAAGCUGGAAUUGAUUAUGACAGUAUAAUUUCAGUUGUAUAAUUUUCCUAUUGGAAUAUUAUGUUCAUUUUUCUGGUUUGGUUUGGUGAUCCACAUGUUUCAGAAGAUUAAUGAAUAAGAAGAAUAUUUUACACAGGGAUUCAAGUUGCCGUUGAAACCCCGAGUGGUCUCAGUGCCAGUGGAAGCUUCUGCUUUCUGUCGUUGGCAGGGUCGUGUUGGGACGCCCAUCCAGGCAUCUGGUUAUGCUGCAAAAGCUCUGCUCAUGCAGCGUGGUAGAAAUAAGAAGGUCCCGUGCACAGUAUUAAACAUGUCUUCUUCUAAGGCUCACUUCCCAGGUGAUCUUUCACGUUUCAGUCCCUCAGAGUCAUUUCUUGCUUGGUGUUGACACACGCUGGUCUUAAAAGCUUUCUCUGCAUUCAAAGGACAUUUGAGGACUUCAAGAGAAGACCAGGCCUUCUGCUGUGUCCUGUAAAGGUGCAGCGCUCACUCUGUCACCGAGGAGGGCAGAACUUUCUCUCCUCUCUCCCCACACCACAGAGGAGCCCGCACAGGAGGAUGGAACAGAGUGGAUGGCAUGAAGACCUCUAGGUGUCCCCAGAGACAGGAAGACGCCUAAGAACCACAUCACUUGGUCUUCCAUGGUACCAAGGAGCAAAGCCUCUGUGUCUUUAGAAAUUGAAUUGAGAAAAACAGAAGGAAUGUGCAUUAAAAAUAGGACUGCUGCCUAGAAGUUUCCUUUAAUUACUUGCCUGAGGCCCAUUGAAAAAGCUAUGGAAAACAAAGGGCAUGGGCCCCAGGGAACAAUGUGAAUCUUGUUAGCACAGCCCAGGUUGGCAUCUGGAUUGUUUCUGAAGUCCCGUGGUACAGGUGAUGGUUUAAGCUGCUGCUCACAUCUGUCUGUGCAAAAUCGAUUUUCGUUUAAUGUUAAUGUUUUCCUGCUUAACUUUAUAUGACCUCAGAAUGUAAAGAGCUUCAAGGGAAUUACAGGUCUUUAACCUGGAGAGUUACAUGUGUGCACUUGAACGGGUAGGAGCACCUGUCAUUGAUAGUAUAAAAUCAUUUAUGUGGCAGUUUUUACUGUG